AAAGAAAAAAGAAAAAAAAGAAACGGAGUUUGGGUGCAUAUGUUUUCGUUUAAUACAGAAAAUGAAUAAGGGGAAAUGUAGCCGAUAGCCAGCGUCCAGUGCAAACAUCCAUUACGGCCCUAUUCACACCGCGUAGUCUCAGGAUAAACAUCCAACUCCAGUAUACGCUAUAUAAAAUGUCUCGACCUAAUUUUGAAGGUCUACUAACGGUAGACCUACCAGAAGUCAUGAACUUUCGCAAUAUAAUACUCAAGCUAUUGCGGAACUCCCAGCAACGCCCCAUUGACUCAUUACCGUCCCAUUUUCCGCGUGGCUCUGCUUCGGCAUGGUACACCUUUUGGUUACCAUCCUUCCCACAUCAACCGCACACCGUACUCUGGAGAUAUUACCAUCGCAAAUUGCCAACACGUCAGCGUCUCUAUCAGCUUUGUCCGAAUCGACACUUGGAUCCUUACUGCCUUCUAUGUGAAAGUGUCGAAGACGAUGAGCACUUUUUGUGGUCUUGCUCGUCGACACCUAUACAAGUGCUUUCAGGACUACGAGUUGAUGGCCAAAUAACUAUUGCCUGUACAAUCUGGGCUAUCUGGCGAUACCAUUGGCGUUCCAUGUCUGGUGGUCGUACCUUCUGGCCCCAUGAAGUUACUGCACGAGUAACACAAGCAAUCAAGCGAAUACAUGACGAAAACGCUUAUAGAGAGCGCCUAGAAUCAUCUCGCUCAGGCUAAUGUAACCUUUAUUUUGUUUCAUGCUU